UGUUUAUUUUGAAAUUUUAAAAUCUAAAUUAGUUUUUCUCGAUCCAUGAAAUUGCAACAAAAUUGCAAAUAUUCAUUUUAUGAGAAUAAUUUAAUUGUAAUUAUUAUUCUAACAUUGAAAUGGAAAAUAAAUCAAAUAGCGUGAAGCACCAAAUGGUGCGACAGAGAACUAAAGCAAUUUGGACCUUAUUAUACAGGGAAAUACGACCACUUCUAGAGGAAAUUCAAGAAAAGUUAAAUAACGCAGAAACUACAAAUGAUAGUACGAUUAAUAAAAUUUUAAAUGUCUAUAAUCUUUGUAAUGAUCAAAUAAGGAAGUGUGUACUAAUAACAAUCGAAAUUCUAAAAUUUAAUAAAGAAUUUAAAGUUCAUGAAGAUGUUCAGGAAAGUUUACAAUGUGUUUACGAGAGGUUGUCAUGUUGUCAUGAAAAAUUAACAUCAAUAGAUGAGUAUAUUGAUAAAAUAUUGAAUCCAUCAAAUGCUUGCACUGAAGGCGACGACUCUAUUGUUUCAAAUACAAUGUAUUUUGUGAAUUGGAUCGACCAAACAUUUGAAGUUCUUAACAACCUGUCUAAUAUUGUGUACAGAAAUGAUUGUAAAACUUCUGAAGAUGAUGAUGUGUGGCAGAAUGAGCUUGUUACCUGUGUGACUGGGAUCCAUACAUGUGUAGAUGAACUACUGCUUUGUGCAAUGACCCUCUGCAGAUACUGCUUGCCAUCAGAUCAACUUAUUGUCAAAGCCCGAUGUCAAGUUGUAUUAAGAGAAACAAAAGCACUCCUCGGUGACUUGAUAGUCGGGGAUUUAGACUCCGUAUUCCAAGCUACAAAGGAAACAAUAAAAUUGCCAAUAAAACCUUCCAAUAUUAAUGUACUAAUUGAUGUUUUAAAAGACGUUCUUUACGUCUUAGAGACCAAUACAAAUACAGCAUUGCUUGCCCUGCUUGUGCAUUGCUUUGCGUACAAUACCUCACCUGUGGAAUUAUUAAAGAAGCAUUUAUUAGAAGGAACUGGUGGAAAUUGUAAGGACAAGGAUCAUGAAGAUUGUGAAUUCGUAAAAGAGUUUGAUUUAUAUAACGAAAGAUUGAUGCAAAUUGGGUCUUUUGCUAUAUCUUGUUCGUCUGAUGAUCAAAGAGUGCUCAAUCUUCGCAGCGGGCUAGCGAGUCUUGAAGCUUUAGAUCCACACUUAGUUCCUGCGGUUAUGAUAGAACCAAAGAGCUACAAUACAUAUCUCUUGGUUGAUAUUUGGAAGAGAGAAGUGAAUGAGAUACGAGAUAAUGUGUUUUUGAUUGUUGAUCCUUCUGCUUUUGUACAGAAAGCGAAGCAAAUGAUGCAUCAACAAUUAUUGGAAAUUAUAAAGGAGAGUACAUACAAUAAUAUUAAAAUAUGCUCUGUGAUAAAUAUUGGCAGUAUAACGAAGGAGUUCUUUGAUGUAUAUAAAAAUUGUGAACCGGAUGCUUUGCAGGACAAAGACAAAUUGUUACCCCUUCUUCAGGAUUUGAAUAAAGCUCAGCUAGAAUGUAAAGUAGUGAGCAACAUUCUAAGUUCCGGUGACGAUUUCCAAUAUCCAACAAAAAAGGUUGACAACAAAGAGGCUACCUUUGAUCAACUGUUGAAGCGUUUAAAACUCUUAUAUACGAUUGUCAAUCGUAUAAAUACUCUCCUGAGUCCACAGGAAAUCGACGAACAGUUCUUUGAAGAGGACCAGAGUAAAAUUAAAAAUGUUACGCACACAGUCAAUAAUUUUAAUACAUACGUGAAUUCUCCAAGAAAAACAAUUAACAUGACGAAAAGUUUAUUCGGCAGAACGACUAAUAUACGAUCGUCAACAGCGAAGUUCCCGCUUGCGAUUUUAACAAAGAAUUUUAAGCUAAGAAAAGAUUUGAGUUUUUCCAUAAAAUUGGAUGAACUUUGUAACGAUGUGUCGGGGAUUAAAACGCGUAACACAUCGAUUUUAUACCAUUCGCCCAUGAAGAAUAGAUCGUCCUUGCGUAAGGCAGUUUUGAGUAGACAUUGUAUGAAGACCCCGGAAAAUUUUAUUAGAGAUAAUGAUAAUAACGAUAAUGAUGGUUUAGAGGAAGAUUUUAUGGAUGAAGCAAUGAGUUUGCAAAUAACAGAUGUUUUAAACGAAAUCAACAACUUAACAUUCACGAGACCACGUCAAUUAAACCUGACCUACGACAACGAGGAUUCCGGCCAAGAACAUUCCAGAAGCAAUGUACUGAAUAUUUCAGUGAAUAAUGAAACUAUCACGAAACGAGUGUGGAAUAUUACUGUUAAUAGUGAUCUAUCGAACACAAGUCAGCCGUCAAAUGUGGAUACUUUGGAGAGAUUAAAUGAUUAUAAUUUGGUUACUAGCAAAUUGAGUGAUCUUAGGACGGUACAGUUUGAAACUAGUUUGUAAGUUUUUUAUACCUAAAAAAAUAUUGUAUCUUUAUAACUAGCGGUCCGCCU